UCGGAACAGGACGGCGUCGUUUUCUUUUGGAAACCAAACGACGGCCAAUCGAUCCGUCCGUGGAUCCACUCCGUACUCAAAACGACGUCGUUGCCCCCCUGAAUAGUUGAUUCCCCCAUUCCCAGCCCCCGCCCAGCACACAGAUCACUCCUCCCCUCCCAUCCUUCUUUUCCCACCUCUCCAUUUUCAUGUUACUCCAAACCUCCUGCCAAAUCCGCGGAGAGGGUUUUUCACUGCUCGCCGGUUAGCUCUCUCUCUCUCUCAAUUAUAUUUUUUGUAUCUUACUUACAAACUGCCCUGUCGUAUGCUAAACCCCUUGGAGCAUUCUCCUAUUUCUUAGCUCCAUCCUCCGUAUUCUCUUAAUGGGUGUUCUCUUUUUCUCGCCAAAAUUUAGGAUUUUCUGUGUGCGCAGUAGCUAUCACAAUAGACCAACUCUAUCCCGUUCCUUUGUUCCAGUACACAGAAGUUGGAUUGCUUUCGUACCCAUUUACCAUCAAGAUUGAUAGAUAGGAAUUUAAAAAGCAAAAAAAGAAAGAAAAAAGAAUGGUGGUUUCUUUGAACAUAUUCCCUCCUCGUACUUGGGUCGGGCCCUUCACUUUCAAUGACAAAACCUUUCAGAACACUCCAAUUAAAAAUGCCAUAGCAACUGGGUUUCUUAACUCAAAACUUGAUCUGGGCUUUCUUCAGACUAAUUGUGUGAAAGUUGGAGAUUCAGGUUAUAGAAAAAGUUCAGAAAAUGAUAACAACGAAAAGCAAUCAAAUGAGGAAAGAUGGAAGUUGGAAUUCCUCGGGGAACUUGAACCGUUGGUUGUUCAGCCCCCUGAGAAAAAGAAGAAAAAGCAGCCCAAGUCGAGGUUGCUACGAGACACUGAUACAAUGGAUUGGUGUGUCAGGGCAAGGAGGAUUGCUCUUAAGUCAAUCGAGGCGAGGGGCUUGACUGGUAACAUGGAAGACUUGAUUACUGUAAAGAAGAAAAAGAAAAACAAGAACAAGAAAAAACUAGCCAAUAAGGACAUUAUUGAGAAUAGGGAAGUAGGUGGGGAAGAUUUGGAUUUUGAUCUGGAGGAAGAAAGUCAAUUCGAAGAUAUGAACCCUCUCGAUGGUACUGGACAGCUUAGAAAGACCGUUGGUAUGUUUGUGGGUGGCAUGCUCGAAGAAAGGAAAGAGAAAACUAUGGAAACUUUUGUUCAUAGGCUCUCACAAUUCUCUGGAUCUUCAGACCGUAGGAAAGAAAUCAACUUGAACAAAGCAAUUGUUGAAGCACAAAGUGCAGAAGAAGUCUUGGAGGUUGUUGCUGAGACAAUUAUGGCCGUGGGGAAAGGCUUGAGCCCAUCUCCACUCUCUCCAUUGAACAUUGCCACUGCACUUCAUCGAAUUGCUAAAAACAUGGACAAAGUUUCAAUGAUGACGACUCAUAGGUUGGCAUUUGCCCGUCAAAGAGAGAUGUCUAUGCUUGUGGCUAUUGCGAUGACUACUUUACCGGAGUGCUCUGCUCAAGGCAUAUCAAAUAUUUCUUGGGCAUUGUCCAAGAUUGGAGGGGAGCUCCUUUAUUUAUCUGAGAUGGAUAGAAUUGCAGAGGUGGCCCUGACCAAGGUUGUGGAUUUCAAUUCUCAGAAUGUUGCUAAUUUGGCGGGUGCUUUUGCUUCAAUGAAGCAUUCUGCCCCCAAUCUCUUUGCAGAAUUAUCAAAAAGGGCAUCAAAUAUAAUUCACACCUUUCAGGAGCAAGAGGUUGCUCAGGUGUUGUGGGCUUUUGCUUCUUUGUUUGAGCCAGCUGACCCUUUGCUUGAGUCUUUGGAUAAUACUUUCAAAGAUGUAGACCAAUUAAAAUGCUGCUUAGAUGAAAAAAUGUCAAAUCACAAUGAAAAAUGCAGUGAGGAGACCACCGGAGUGGAAGGAGCUUUAGGAUCUCCUGCACUCAAUUUCAAUAGGGAUCAGCUAGGAAAUAUAGCCUGGUCUUAUUCUGUUCUGGGGGAAAUGGAUCGGGUAUUCUUUUCCCAUGUUUGGAAAACUCUCAGCCAGUUUGAGGAGUACAAGCUUUCAGAGCAGUAUAGGGAGCACAUAAUGUUUGCUUCCCAGGUUCAUCUUGUGAACCAGUGCUUGAAGCUUGAGUACCCACAUCUUCAGUUGUCUCUGAAUAGUGAUCUAGAGGAGAGAAUUGCUCGUGCUGGAAAAACAAAGAGGUUUAAUCAGAAAAAGACCUCAUCAUUCCAGAAAGAGGUGGCCCGUCUUCUUGUUAGCACUGGUCUCAAUUGGGUCAGAGAACAUGUUGUAGAUGGAUACUCUUUGGAUGCGGUCUUGAUUGACCAGAAAGUUGCCUUGGAGAUUGAUGGACCAACUCACUUCUCAAGGAAUUCUGGGGUCCCUUUAGGACAUACCAUGCUAAAGCGCCGCUACAUCACUGCUGCUGGUUGGAAGCUCAUAUCUGUAUCUCAUCAAGAGUGGGAGGAGCGUCAAGGGGAGUUCGAGCAGCUAGACUACCUCAGAGAAGUCCUGAAAGACUAUGUGGACACAGGCAGUUCUAGCACUGUAUAAAAUUGAAGACAGCAACAGGAGAGGGAUGAGUUUACUUCCCUACUGACAUCCAAGCUUAGGCUUGUCCAACUCUCAAUUAAUCUUUUUUUAAUAAGCUUCAUGUUAGCCGUUACGGAUAUAUUAUAAAGUUAUCCAAUAUUUCUUCAUCUGCUCUGCCCUUCAGGCCACCAUUGGUUUGCUUUUAUAGAAAACAAGGGUGUGUGCACCAUUUUGUUUAAAAUGUAAACUCUAGCCAAACCAAAACAAAUCCUAUUGAAACAGUUCAUAAUUACCAAGUGCCUAUAUUUUGGAUGAA